UGCAAUUUCUUUCCAAGUCUAUCUUCCAUAUCAUUUGGUAAUCUAAUCCUUUUAACUUCUCCAAGAAAUUCAAGUCCUCUGGUCCAAUUUCUAAAAAGUAAUUCUGGUUUAGACGGUCCGAAUAUUAAUGUGACCUACUAUUUUGUACAAUUUAAAAUUUCCGAAUUUGUAUAAUAUUACGAGGACAAUUAAAAAAGGAAGACAUUAUAAAAAUAUGUGAAAUAUAUAAUAAAACAUUUUCUAUACAGUUCACUGCAUUAAUUGUUAAUUCGAUUAUUUCUGUUAUUUUUGUCCAAAUUGUAAUAUAGCUAACUCUACUGCUAAUAUUGCUAUCAGGAUUUAAUCAUUUCCAGGUACAACGUCGACUAAAUCUAUCUCUGCAAAUAUUGCCAAUGUUAAAUUUGAUAUUAACAGAGAUGGCCAACAGGAGAUUGAUGUUACAAUAUCUAAAAGUAACUUUAUAUGCGACAAUGUUUGAAGGAGGAAAAAAUACAAAUACAGCAAAGACAGCUGAAAAUACAGCUUCGUCGAUCUCAGAAAAUAGAAAUAAAUUUCGAAGAAUUGAAGGUGAUGAUGCAAAGGCCGAUGUAAAGCAAGAUUCAGAAAAUCUGAAGAAAGACUCAAUGCCAGAAUUUCCAGCGAUUAAGACUUCUAGUACAAUAGUAGAUACAUUACAUAUUUCCAACGCUUUUAAUGCUCUAACAUUGUCAAAUAAUAAAUACGUAAAAACUGCACAAACACUUGAACCAGUUUCACGUGCAUGCCAAGAAGAAUGGACCGAUAAAUGGAAUAACCUUGAAUUUCCAGCUCCCAAAUCGUCAAUUUUAACACCAGUUACUUUUAGUUUAUCUAAAAAACAAUAUUCAUUUGGUGACACAAGUACGAGUCAGUUUCUUGGUUCUCCAACGUCAGAAAGUAAAGAGUCAGCGCGUGAUAACGCAGAGAGUAGAUCUACGCCUUUCUGUUGGAAAUCAACAACGACAACAACAUUAUCAAGUCCAGCAUUCCAAGUACCUAAUGCAUCACAAACUUUGCAUAAUUCUGGAACACCCGAAUCAUCGAUUUUGGUACCAACUACUUUUAGUUUAUCUAAUAAACAAUGUGAAUUUGGUGGCGCAAUUUCACGUAAAUCUUGCACUUCUCCGGUGCUAGAAAAUAAACCUGCAGCUUGCGAUUCAACACCAACAAACCAAAAAGAAACAACAUAUAAUACAACACUCGGGAUGCCAACUGUACGUGGCACAUUGUCAGUGACAUCAGUAGUAUCUGGUGAUAGUACUGUUAGAACGUCUACCGGCGAGUCAACGCCUCUUAUACGUGUACAUCAAAAAUUUAUAUUUAACGCCAUUCCUACUGAACCGGCUGUAAUGCCUGGGACUCGAUUCAAUUUUCCUACGAAUAUGAUACCUCCUGUAUCGACUCAGAUUCAAAUAUCGAUUGAUUCCACCGAUUAUACAUUUAACGGACCUAAUCCGGAACUAGCAGCAUUUCCGCAAUGUCCAACUACAAGUUCAUUUUCUAUAUCGCAACCUGUUACCCAAAGUCAACAAUUGUCUACUUCAUCAUCUAUUCCUCUAGAAUGCGCGUUUAAUUUUGAUUCGUCACCAGGAGAUCAUACAGCUGAACCUGGUUCAAUCCAGUCCGAAGGAUUUAAUUUUAAUCCCAAUACUAGACCAUCGUUCCGUUUUAGUGUUUAUGAAUUUAAGUAUCUACAAAAUAUAAAAUUAUUUUACACAUUAAUAGCAGGAUCUUUUUUCCAUAAAAAAAUGUGUUGCCAUGUGUUGUUUUAGUGCACCUACUCAAGUACAACGAGAUACUGCGUCUACUCGAGUACAACGAAAUACUGCGUCUACUCUAGUACAACAAAAUACUGCCACCAUCAAUUACCGCCCAAUGAUCAGUCCCACUCGAUUACUCAAUCCACGAAAGAUCAGGAAAGCUUUUAGAAGAUUAAAAUAGGAGUCAAGUAACGGCAUUCUUUUUAUACAGUUGCUCAUGAAGGUAUUCAUAUUCUUGCAGAAGACACCUUUUAUGAAUAUACUA